UAUUUACUGGCUGCAAGCAAAUACACACUCACACACACACACACACACUGACACACACAUCUCUCUUCCAGUGAAAAAUAAAAGUCGUUCUGUAAGUCUUUUGUUCCUUCAGACUAGCACACACAUUUCUAGUCAUGGCUGAGAGGAGAUGGCACCAGUGGCCCCUCUUCACACUGUGAGAGAAGGAGACAUGGAAGGAAUGCUGGGAUUGUCACAGUGCUAUCGCCUCUUGAAGUCAAAUUGUGUCGUCCUCUUCAGAGCCGUGUGACGCAGAGUUUAUCAUGGAGGACGUGAAGCCCGAGGGCUGGCGGCAGCUACUUCAGCCCCAUGGUGCAGCUGGAAAAAACAGCAUGAGUUUCCUUCGCAGGUCCUCAUCAUGGAGGAGGCCUGGGGAGCGGGGUUAUUGCGAGGGCCCCGCGGCGCAGGCCAAUGAGCCCCCUCGCGGAGCUCGUCCACUGAGCUGCAUAGAGGGUGGCAGGAUGGACAAAUGGCUUCAGACACUAGAGAGACUUCAAUCACGUCGGCUUCAGAAUCAAAUACCUCAGUUUGUGGACAGGACGGUAUCAAUCCCACUUCUCCCGAAAGAUACAGCGGGAGGUAACCCACUGUGCCCUGAUGUUUCCCCUCUGCGCAGGAGGAAUCAGACCCCUAGCGUCUGUCCCAGAGUGUGUGAAAGCUCCUCGAGCAGCCUGGAGUCUGUUCACAUUAAAGCUGCUCGUGCUGCAGAAAGAGCUCAGUUCUGCGCUCUCGCUCCGGUUCGCUUUGGCUGGCUGCCCAUACAGAGACAUGUGAUACUGACAGACAUCUCUGACAACCGCCUUGACAACAGCAGGUGCCAGAAACUAAAGUCUCCCAUCACUCCAGUGUUGCUCAGCUCUCCUGCCAAACUUAAUGGACCAAGACCAAAUGACAGGGAAACUUCGAGGCCUGAACCUGUAGGCUUUAGAUCCUGGAGCACACCUGAAAAAACACCAUCCGUCCUUCAUCAGGCUUCGGGAUCCGUGAGCUCUGAGGGAGGACGAAAUGGACCGCAAGCCUGGAAUCCGAAAGCCGAGCUGGACACAUGCCACGCUGGACCUCAUCCCGUAUUGAGAGAUGCCACACGCAGGCGUGGAAGUGCGCCGGAGUCCUUCAGCUCCUCGAUAUCGUCCAUCACUAUCACUUCCAGGAAGGUCACACACACAAACUCCAGGCCUCCGAGUCCAGCGAUGAAUAGCCUCGCCGAUGGACACAGAAAAGCUUUAGUGGUCAAAGUCACUGAACAGAGGAUGAAAAGCACUUCUAGCCAGCCCAUCGCCUCGACCUCUGGCUCUGAUCGUGAAGAGAAGGACCACGGCGUAGUACUGAGAAGAAAGGCAACCAUUGUGAAAAUGACCGAACAGAGAGAGCGUUUCAGUCCAGCGAAAUACAGACACAGCUACACUGAAGGACUCCAUAAUGAAUCCAAAGUCAAUCCUUCACCAUUAAACCAACCGUUAACUAUAUCUCUAGAGCCAGGAGGAAACCAAUGGAGGUGCCAGCACAGAUCUAGCCUGUCUCUCUUCCUCAACAACCCAAACGAUAGCAGCGCAGCAGGGGAGAGCGACACCAAAGCAUACAAGCCACCUCGAAGGCCUCUCAGCUGCGACGCAAGCCUGUUUAACUGCACAGAACUUGGUAGUAAUGCAGUUACACAUCCAGUGUUUCACAACCAGAGCUCUCCUGUUCCCCAGAAGACAAAUAUUGACCUUGUUAGUUCCAGCAGGAGCGAAGCAAGAAGGCGCUGGGCCUCCAGUGGCGAGGUGGGCAUUGUGAAGAAAGAGAGGGAUCGUGAGGAACCUAUUUCAGGAAUCAAUCCUCUCACACUACUAAAAGCAGCAGAUACCUCGGCUGAUCUGAGCGCAGACGCCGUCCUGGCCCUGAACGCUGCUGCCGUUAUCGCCAACAUAAAGCUGCAGGCCCAGCUGAGACGAACUACAUCCCACACAGCAACAGCAGUGUGUUUAACAGAAGAUAGACGUCAAAGUGAACACAGAGAGCUCAAAGAAGAGACUGCUGGUGCUGAUGGAAAGAAAAAAACAUGUCCAGCAGAUCAAUGUGUGGAUUUUGUCCCAUUCGAGUCCCAAAAUGACCUUUCUGAAACUGCUUUGGCUCCUCUGUCACUUAGUGAGGCUUUAGCGAGCAGGCGGCCUGAUUUCAUCCAGCGCUCACAGGCCAGGGUUCGAGCCCUGGAGAGAAGGUCACAGGAGAGGCAGAACUCCCUCAGCUCACCACAGACACUCGAGAGCGGAGAAAGCCUUGUGAAAUCCAAAGACAGAAGCAUCAUGGGAAAGAGUCUACAGCUGCAGUCCAGGAGACGUUAUAACCAGCUUCCUCAGGUGAAGAAGAGGAGAGAGGAAGAAAAGAGGAAAAUAGAAGAGGAGAAAAGAAAACUGGCAUCUCGGACCAACAGGCUGCGGGCAGAGCUCUUUAAAAAGAAACUUCUGGAGCAGAUUUUGCAGAGGAGAGGAAAUCACUGACACCGUCUUGGACUCGUGUUUCUUCUCAAUCCACAGUUCUCAUGCCGGCCCUUGAAAGAUAUGACACGACAUUAGUUAUAAAUGUUAUGGAAUAGUUCCUUCCAGAACGAAUGUGCCUCAAACAUGGACUGCAGCCUCAUUUCUGUGGCUCUGGAUUACAUCUUCUCUCUCUAUACAUACAUUACUGGUUAAAAAUGUGGAAUAAUUAUGGUUUUAAUGUUACAGCUAGGCUUAUAUUCAGUUAGACUGCAUUCAUUUGCUCAAAAAUACAGUAACAACUGUAACAAAUUUGAAAUAUUAUCACA